UCUAGGGGCGAGAGGUAGGCAUGUGGCUAGAACAUUUGACUCCCCCGAAAAGGAGGCGUCUAGGAAAAGGCUGUGCCGACUAAGACGGCCAAGUUAGUGGGUUGUCAAGUGAGUGGUGUUGCUUGAGGUCUUAUCAGACAGGAGUCCCUGAGGCCCACAGGGCAUGUAACCUACAAAGGGUUUAAGAGGCACUCUUAGAGGAUCACUUUGUCUGAAACCUUCAGAGCGGUCCAUAUAUCCUGAGCUUGCCCACCUCAACUCCCACCCACGAUGCAUGCGUGGCAGCUGCAAUCUUCCUCCCAGGAGCCAGAUGUGGUUAAGUAAGGGACUUAAUCCUUCUAGAAAAUCAAGAUUGCAAACCUUGAUGCGACCCCAGGACAGUGGACAUUGCAAGAGAAAGGGGCGCUCCGAGUCACUCCGAGUUAUUCCCUUGACAAACUCAGAACCACCAGGACCCGCACCUGCCAGGCCGCUCCCGCCCCCCCCUUCCCCCUCCCCCCUCGCCGCCGCCGCCCAGCGUCGCCGCUGGAAAGUUUGCGAGCGGCUGGCGCGGAGCUGGCGCCGACCCCGAUCGCAGCGCGGCGGAGACGAGCAGUCGCCCGCGUCCAGAUCCAAGCACGCGCGAGGACCGCGAGGAGCCCAGCCCUAGCCCCGGCGACUGAGCACAGGGGUCUUUGUACAGAGUCCUGGCUGGCACUGCACUUUGGGUUCCAGUUCCUGAGUGCUAGGACUACAGCCUGAGGAGAGGUGCACACGCUCCAAGGACCCAGGCGCGCAACCUCUGCCAGAUGUGGGGCGUGGCUAUCCAGAGGCAUGCCCCUCACCCAGCUCCACUGUCCCCACCUGCUGCUGCUGCUCUUGAUGCUAUCCUGUCUGCCAGAGGCACCCUCUGCCCAGGUAAUGGACUUUUUGUUUGAGAAGUGGAAGCUCUAUAGUGACCAAUGCCACCACAACCUAAGCCUGCUGCCCCCGCCUACUGAGCUGGUCUGUAACAGAACCUUCGACAAAUACUCCUGCUGGCCUGACACCCCUCCCAACACCACCGCCAACAUUUCCUGCCCCUGGUACCUACCUUGGUACCACAAAGUGCAGCACCGCCUAGUGUUCAAGAGGUGCGGGCCUGAUGGGCAGUGGGUUCGAGGGCCACGGGGUCAGCCAUGGCGCAAUGCCUCCCAAUGUCAGAUGGAUGAUGAAGAGAUUGAGGUCCAGAAGGGGGUGGCCAAGAUGUAUAGCAGCUACCAGGUGAUGUACACUGUGGGCUACAGUCUGUCCCUGGGGGCCUUGCUCCUUGCCCUGGUCAUCCUGCUGGGCCUCAGGUUGUCAUAUAGGAAGCUGCACUGCACCCGAAACUACAUCCAUGGGAACCUGUUUGCGUCCUUUGUGCUCAAGGCUGGCUCUGUGCUGGUCAUUGAUUGGCUGCUCAAGACACGUUACAGCCAGAAGAUUGGAGAUGACCUCAGUGUGAGCGUCUGGCUCAGUGAUGGGGCGAUGGCUGGCUGCCGAGUGGCCACAGUGAUCAUGCAGUACGGCAUCAUAGCCAACUAUUGCUGGUUGCUGGUAGAGGGUGUGUACCUGUACAGCCUGCUGAGCCUCGCCACCUUCUCUGAGAGGAGCUUCUUUUCCCUCUACCUGGGCAUUGGCUGGGGUGCGCCCCUGCUGUUUGUCACCCCCUGGGUGGUGGUCAAGUGUCUGUUUGAGAAUGUCCAGUGCUGGACCAGCAAUGACAACAUGGGAUUCUGGUGGAUCCUGCGUAUCCCUGUCUUCCUGGCCAUCCUGAUCAACUUUUUCAUCUUUGUCCGCAUCAUUCACCUUCUUGUGGCCAAGCUGCGUGCCCAUCUGAUGCACUAUGCUGACUAUAAGUUCCGGCUAGCCAGGUCCACGCUGACCCUCAUCCCUCUGCUGGGGGUCCACGAGGUGGUCUUUGCCUUUGUGACUGAUGAGCACGCCCAGGGCACCUUGCGCUCCACCAAGCUCUUUUUUGACCUGUUCCUCAGUUCCUUCCAGGUGAGUCUCCGUCGUACCCCAUCCCCGGGAUCUAGAGUGCUGUCCUUGACCACUCUUUUUCUCCAGGGCCUGCUGGUGGCUGUUCUCUAUUGCUUCCUCAACAAAGAGGUGCAGGCAGAACUACUGCGGCGUUGGAGGCAAUGGCAAGAAGGCAAAGCUCUUCAGGAGGAAAGGAUGGCCAGCAGCCAUGGCAGACACAUGGCCCCAGCAGGGUCUUGUCAUGGUGAUCCCUGUGAGAAAUUUCAGCUUAUGAGUGCAGGCAGCAGCAGUGGGACUGGCUGUGAGCCUUCUGUGGAGACCUCACUGGCCAGUAGUCUCCCAAGGUUGGCUGACAACCCCACCUGAAUCUCCACUGGAGCCUAGCCAGGCUGGAUUCAGAAAGGGCCUCAGAGGACAACCCAGAACCAGAUGCCGGGCCAAAGCUGAAAAGACAAAGCAGCAAGAUAGCAGCUUGUACUGCCCACACUCCCCUAACCUGUCCUAGCCUGGUACAGGCCACAUUGAUGGAAAAGCCAUGCUAUGAACUCUGAGUGUUCCCAUGUGUGUUGACAUGUUCCCUGUAUACAGAUAUGUCCUUCAGUAAAGAGCUCAUGUGCGAGCUGCUGCACAUGUCAUA